AUAUAUAUCGAGGCGGUUGUAUUAGCUGCUAAGUAACUGUUAAAUGUAAGCUGAAGUGUAGAAAACAUUCAUGCAUUUAAACUUAGAGACAAAAAUAUCGACUCUGAUCUAAGCACCGGCAACGUGACGUCAUGGGAACCAAGACUACCAAGGGGCUUGGCAAAGCGACUAACGGUAGUCACCCAGACGUUGAUCCUGCAGAUGUACGGACACAUCUUACAUUUAUUGCCCGCCGUCUGCAAAAGGACAACGUAUAAAUGAUAACAUUAUAUAGGUAAUGUUUCUAUUGAGAUAAGAGUUUCACUUUUUGCCAUAACCCCUGGGGCUGAAGGGCCGGGGUAUAAAAGUUUGUUUGUAGACGAGUUCGAUAGACUGAAAAACCGCGACGUACUAAGAUCACUAAGGGAAAAUGUAAAUUCUUGAAGUAUUUGAUAAAAUGCGGCCACAUAGCUCCCAAGAAACUAUCAAAUGUAUACUUUCAGUACCCUAACACCACCAGGACAACGUGGCGUCACCGGAACCGAGCGGUUAGUUAACGACAAGCUCUGUGGACUGAAUUGAAGAUUUAAUGAGCCCAACAAUGGCUCCGCAGAGAUAUAUAGUUUACAUCUUGGAACAGUUUCUAACCUGACGUCUGCAAAAGAACAAGGUGAAAAUAACAUCCAAAUUCCUUUUUUUGUAUGCGCAGAACGUGAUUGAGGGCAAAAGCUAGGGGGUGAGGGAAUCUUCCUGUGUUUCUGGGCAAACGUGCAUGAUUAUUCAGUGGACUGAAGCAAACGCGAGACGAGACACUGAGGUCGCUAAGGAAAAAUGUAAAUUGUCAUACUACACGAGAUGUCACGGCAACUAAUAAGUCGAACAAGAACAAUGCAGACAAUGUCUUUCUUGAACUGAAACAGAUGGUCAGGUCACUGAAAAAGAAUGUUAUUUCUUUAAUUGAAAGGAGUUGGUUGCGCUGGUGACAUUAGCUCCUAAGUAACUGUCCAACGGAAACGGAAUCGUAAAGAGCAUGUUAAGCAUGUUUACGCAUCAAAAAAGGAUUAUAAAUGGGCUUUGCCUCCGUUGUGCAUUCUCACUUGAGCAUUCAACUCAUUGAAGACAGAGUGAAGCGGACCUUCUUAGAGAUCAGUCCAUAUCAAUUUGAGUGAUUUUCCAGAUCAUGUCUAUCUACCACCUUGUUCUCUGUGGCAUUUUUCUUCCUGGUAUCCAGUCUACAGUAACGGUGGAAACGGGAUUCAAAAACUACACAAAGUACGAACAUGGUGAUAUGAACAUCAUAAUCACCGCUCCUCAUGGUGGCUUUAAGAGACCAUCAACUCAGGAUAAUCUUGCCAAUUGGCCUGACAGAGCGGAUGGCUGUAAAGAUAGUUUUGGUAAAUGCGUCUGGACGCACGACUGUGGUACCACAAGUACAGAUUGUGAUGCCCGAACAUUCAAUGACCUGUACACUAGAGCGAUCGCGCAAGACAUUGCAGACAAAAUUAAAGACAUUACAGGUUUUCGACCACAUGUUGUAUACAACAUGCUAAGUAGGAGGAAGCUUGAUGCCAACAGAGAGAUCAAUGAAGCAACUUUUAAUGUACCAGACGCAAUUACGGCCUAUCAAGACUACACCAACUUCAUCAACCAAGCAAGAUCGGCUGUCUCCGGUCCUGGCUUCCUCCUCGAUGUCCAUGGCCAAACACAUACACCUGCAAGGACGGAGCUUGGUUACGCCAUUCCCGGCAGCAGACUCGACAGUGGAAGCUACACCAUUAGCCGGAGCUCUAUCAGAAGCCUUGGCCAGUACUGGUGUGGAAAUGACAAUGUUUGUUUCAAAGAUUUCGUCCAAGGUAACAGAAGUCUUGGCCACUUUAUGAAUGAAGAAGGGCUAGAUGCUGUACCCUCCACCCAAGACCCGAGUCCAAACGGUGAAAGCUAUUUCUCUGGAGGGUACACUGUGAGGGAAUACGGAUCAAGAGUCGGAGGUGAUAUCGAUGCCAUCCAGAUGGAGUUUGAUCGUGCAUUUCGCCUGGGAUGGCGCAAUGAUGAAGAUACACAAGAAAAAGUGGCUAGAGCCAUUCUAAGUUUCCGUGAGCUUAACUAUGCAUGACUAUGUAACCUGAUGCUUUUUUCAACCCGUAGACCCGUAGAAAACCCAAAAGUAGGUCACACUUAGUGUUGUCGAAGGGAGAUUUGUUUGAAAUCGUAUAGAAGUUUCAGUCUGGCUGUGCACCACUGCAUGUAGUUAUCAGUUACUAAAGUUACUUGCUACGUCCACAAUUAUUUUGUGAAUUGUUAUGGGCAAUUACGACGUCUUCUAGGUAAGGCCUGUUUAGUGGCUGAAAUUAAGGUUUACAUGUAAAACAACACUUAGCGGAGGCUAGCCGCGUUUAGACUCACAUGUAGCAAGUACAGAACGGUAGUUUGAUUACGGUUUAAAUCACACCUUUCUUUGAAGCAUAAACUUCCUUACCCUACGGGCCCUAAGGGGUUUUGGCCGGCUUUGAGUUUUCUUUUUCGAUUCUCGUCAUUCCGUUUAAUUUUCACUUCCCCUGGGCAUUCUUUACUCAUAUCUUACAUCCCAUGAGGUUUGCCAAUUCAGUCACUACUUCUUGUAGAUAUGUCCGUUUUGUAGUUUUGCUUCAAGUCUCUUUUUCUUUCCCNCCCCCCCCCACCCAAACAAAAUCCAGCGAAAAGCAUAUGCUUUACUCGCAGUUAUUCGUUCGAUACAAUUUUCUCUUAAUUACAGCCCUCUCCCAUUUUGCCAUGAGGCGAGCUUUUUACUGCGAGGAUAUAAGACGUCGAAGUGUCAGUUCAGAGAAUUGUACAAGUUUCUAUUGAUUUAAAAACCAGGGUACUCAGUUGAGAUUUAAUGAUCUUUUUAGCUUAUUUUAGUUUACAUAUUGUAAAGUGAGUAGGUCACGAAGACGUGUAGCUGUAAGAACUGUGGAAACAUGAUUUUCCAUUAUAAACUAGCAAUGUAACAUUUAACUGUAAGUGUAAGAAAAAUUAAAUGCUUGUAAUCAGUUUCGCGAAAAUGUUCACUCGAUCUUACGAUAUAGUUUUUUCCCUUCUUCACAAAAAGUCUGGUAACCGUUUACGUGUUAAUACAGUGCAAGCCUAGACUUUCGGUUUUAAUCAAUCCUAACCCACUUCAGCCUUGAUGCUACAAACUGUUCCUAAAGAAUGUAGAAUAUGAUCUACCGCCGCCAAAGAAUUCGAUUUGUUUUAAUUCUUUACUUUACAUGGCUAUGAGAGCCAAUCAUGGAGAUAUUAAGUUCAUCUCUAACCAACACCCCCCAAAUGAAGCCCCAAGCACAGAGCUAAUCCUCCGUUCAACCCUUUACACAGUGCUGAGUUUCCUUUGAAGACUCUUUGAACAUCAAUCAAGGCGUACUGACCUUCACAUCCUGUAGAGGGGGCUGAUUCGGGCUGUCAGCCAUCAUGGUCUCGCAUGGGUAUUCAAAGGACAUGUAGCCCAGACCGGCUGACAGCUUCUGAGGAACUUCGCCUAACCUUGUAACUUCCACCACAGGUUUAUUACGUUUUUGUAGUUCGGUGAUCUGUCCUCGUCUGUUCAUUGAAGGAGAGCAUACAAUUUGCUGCGACUGAAGCUAAACGUUCUGCUCAUGUCCCUUUCUUUGCCAUCAUGUGUUUGUACGACCAAGAGCCAUACAUUAAAGUGCCUAUGAAGUAAAAAAUAAUUGCUGCUGAUUUUGAAGGCUUUUCAAAGUAAAGAAGAAUGGCGUUUUCCUUUUUGGAAUAUCUUUUUUUGUUUUAGAGAUAUUCACGUUUUUAUAGUAUAAGUGAUGGCGUCAUUGGUGGUUCCACUAAAACAGUUCAACACUCAAUCAAGAAUA